CCCGUACUGUGAGGCCGAUGCAUGCAACGUCUCUGAAGAGUCACAACCGUGGCCGGGGAUUACAGACGUUAUCGGGUAUAUGGAUUCGAUGGUUUAUACACUGGCCUCAACUUGCCACAUCCCCAUCAAAACUCUUCGAUUCUACUUGCGCGGCACCCACGGCGAACAUUCCUUGUUGUGUGAAUACCUGGAGGCCGUACUCGUCGAUUGUGAGUCCCGACAGAACGGGGGCGAAUGGCGAUACUGAUCCCUUUUGCUGUCGUACUCUUCGCUCGCUCGCUUGGAUCGCCGGUUCCCUAUCCUCGCUCGUCGCUCUCCUUUCGCUCCCCUCCGCCCUGGUUCCUCGGCUGCCUCGGCGCCCCUUUCCUUCGCUCUUGGCGGCCUGUCUCAUGCGAGUCGUUAUCAGUCCUCGCUCGGAGCUGUCCUUGGUAUGAACGAGCUGGGGAACCGUUUUCAUACUGGACCCUCCGCAGUAGGAUGUUUAUUCCGAUGCGUCGGUCCGAGAUGGAACAAUAUCGGUCUGAACUUGUGUCGGUGCCGGUACGGUAUAAACAAAAAGAGCGAGGGACAGGAGCGAAUGAGAAGUGGGAUAUCUGGGAUGACCGCCUGGCUCGGGCAAUCGAGAAUUUGGUAGCAAAGCUCUAUCUUGGUACGCUUGCGGAUGCCCGGAGUGCGAUAGCAACCCGGGACGAUGCAGGGCCUAGUAUGGUCGGGGCUAGUGCGAUCGGGUCUUCGCCACCGCAGCAAUGUCUUGCGUUUUUCCUGUUUCGAGUUCAUUGUGGCCACCCAUUUGACGACUCGUCGAGCAGCUCGAGACCCUCUCUACUAAGGAAGGCUUGGACUGGCAGCUUGGCACGACGCGAGGCGGAGGAUUGGACGCCGCGGCAAUACCGAGCCAUCGCACAGUAUUUCCGUAACCCAAGACGAUAUCUCCCUGAGGCUAUGCCUCAGGCCACCACUCUCAAUCGGCUGAUUGCACAGGGUUUAAUGGACUGCCUGCCGGAUCUAGGCGAUCUCGAGCAUAUCAAGGGAAAGCUAUCAAGAAGUGCCACUCUAUUGGCGAUCCGACAAGCGAUCGCCGAUAUCGAGAAUACGUAAUACACGAGCAUAUUUAACAGACAUCCCGCUUCUAUCUUCAGGAUUUUGUGCCUUAGAUAGAAAGAGAUAAUCGUCCUUCCCCAUCUUAGGAGGAAUCGUUUCGGAC